AUGCUUGGAUCAGGAAGUCUGAUAGAUAUUUUCGGUGGUUCAUACCAUUUCUUGUCAUGUCAUUUUUUUCAAAAUGUCCCUGAGCAAAAUCCAAAUUAUGCACAGAUUCACACUGGAAACUCGACUAAAGUAACGUUCGAAAAUUGUUCGUACGAAAUUUAUCCAAUUGCAGAAACUAGUCGCAAUGGCAACUCGUUGAACAGCAACAUGUUCUACGUUCUAUCGUACGACUCAAACACAAUUACGUUUCAAGGAGUAAGUCUUGUUGUAAAGGAUACUUUACAAUGCUUUGUCCCCCAGGUUACAAGAUGAAUUUAAACGCCAAGUGUCAUACUGUAAUUCUGCACGUAUAGCAGUAUGUUAUAUGUUAUUUACUGCAUAUAUGUUAUUUACUGCGUAUAUGUUAUUUAAGGCGAUCCCACAUUCACUCAGUCCAGCGUGUAGCACGAAAGAAAAUGAUAAUUUCUCAGCACAUGCUUUGUCGUCUACACCCAGAAGUAGGAAGUCAUGUUUAGUAAUUUCAUUUAUGCCUCCUCGCUCCUUUAAAUGUAAAAUAUUGUUCCUUUGUUUACCGGGCAACAACAAUGAUAAUAAUCCUGUCUCACUUCAUUUGUCCAUAGAUAGAUAGUGGAAACCCGUCAUUUCUCAACAUUCAUCAUGUCAUAUUACACUAUGUUUAAACUAUGGCUAUUCACUGUAGUGUUGCUGUUUUUCCAAGGUAGGUUUCAAUAUAUCCGUUCAGUAUCGUGUGGUUAAGUAUUCGACGAUUUCUAUUUACAUUUACAGACCUGAUAUAGUUUUUGUAGUUCAUGUUAUCAUUCAAUAUAUACUUUACUAAUAUUUAGAGUAUUACUAACGACCCAAGCCCCGUUGCAUGUCAAACAUCCCAGAGAAUAAGUUCAAUACACACCAUAGUGUUAUGAGAGAAUGCAUGUUCAAGGCAUCGCCUAAAGUUUUAAUGUCAAGUUGAAUAAGUUGCUAAAGCGCUGCUCGAUUGGUUAGAUCAUAGAAUAAGGUGUUGAAGUCGUAGCCUUUACGUUAAAGUCGUCUCCUUUGUCCCCCUUGGCAUGUUAAACAUCCCGGAGAAUAAGUUGAACAUACACUAUAUUAUUCAACCUCGUACACAGGCUCUUUCCUCUACUCUCCUUACUAUGAGGUUGCAUAUUAUUACGAGAGAAUGGGAUCAGGAUGAAUCAUGUCAUACGUGUUUACACUACGAGCCUAAGCCUGGCUUGGGCCUACCUCUGGACUAGAUUUUUGUAGUGUAAACGCACUUCGGUCUGGUCUAGGCCAGGAAAUCUGGGCCCAUCAGAACACGUGGCCUAGAUUUCCUGGCCUAGGCCAACUCGAAGUGCGUUUACACUACAAAAAUCUAGUUCAAAGCUAGGCCUAGGCCAGGCUUAGGCUCGUAGUGUAAACACGGCUCAAUGCAUCGUUUAAAGCUUUUAUGUCAAGUUCAUCAAGUUGCUAAAGCGCAGCUCGACUGGUUAGACCAUAGAAUAUAUAAGGUGUUUAAGUCGCAGCCUUUACGCGGUUCCGGUGUAUCCUUUACUUUAACCUCGACAGACUAAAAUAAAGCAAGCUAAAUAAAGUAUUGUUUUUAAGGUAUUCAACACGUAUCAUUAAAGAAUGUGUUCGUCAGUCACCGUGGACAAGAUGAAGAUAAUUGUGGCAACUGGACAAUGCCAUGUCGUAGUGUGAGACAUGCUGUCAAUAUUUCCAGUGCUAAUGACGUCAUACAUAUUGAUUACGCUGAGGGAAGACCUUAUAAAGAAUGUGAACAUCCAAUUGGAGGAAACCAAGCGAUUAUGCUGGAUAAAUCACUAUCGUUUUACGGCUUUAAUGGAAGUACGAUAUUACAUUGUGAACAAACAUACCCAUUUUUUGAGAUAAAUAGUCAAAACCUCAAAAAUUGUUCAGCCCCAAAAAUUGUAUUUUCGAACCUUUCACUGGCUAGUCGUGGAACGUUGUUUUACGCUUUCUAUGCCAUUUCUAGUACGUUUGAACUGGAAUUUAAUUUCUGCGACAUAGAGAGGUCUUUGCAUUUUGUCGAGGCUACAUCCUUAUCUUGCUCGAUUCAAGUGUUCAAUUCCAACAUUCGAAGUUCUCGUGAUCCGAUAUACAUGUUAUGUGGUAACCUAACGGCCCGUCUGAUUGGAUCAACAUUUUUCUCAUGUUCAACUUAUCUGAUUUCUAAUUCUAAUUACUUUUCAAACCAAGUUAGCUUACUUCCUUAUGAGACAGUAUUGAACGUUCAUAUCUAUAACUGCAGUUUUAUACCGAUGGGAGGAAAACAAUCGUGUACAUGGUUUCUUUCGAUCGUUCCUUCGACUGGUACUGGUAACAUCACAAUUAAGUCUUCCAUAUUUUUGAACUUUAAUAAUCAUGUGAAAAUACUACGAUUUGCGGCACUCUCAAUACACAGUGGCUCUCCGCUCUUAUUGUCAACAAACAUAGUUUUAGAUAAAUUACAUUUUGAAAACAUUAACUCAGGCCCGGUGGUUCAUUUACAAGUGGAAACCAAACAAUGCCAUGUCUCAAUUUUUAACUCUAUGUUCGUAAACACUACCACAGCACUUGUCUGCAAGAUUAAUAUCUGCACUGCUAAACUUUACAAUGUUACGUUUAACUCGACACAUAGUAUGCUUGGAUCAGGAGGUAUGAUCAGUCUCCUCGGUCGUGUAUACCAUUUGUCGUCAUGCCAUUUUUUUCAAAAUGUUCCUGUGCAAAAUCCUAGCUAUCCACUUAUUCGCACUGACGGUUCAACAAAAGUAACGUUCGAAAACUGUUCGUACGAAAUUUACCCUGCUGUAAAAACUAGUCGCAAUGGUAACGUGUUGAGCAGCAACAUGUUCUACUUUCUAUCGUACGAUGCAACCGCAAUUAAUGAUAAAGGAGUAAGUCUUUUUGUGAAAGGGUACUUUACAAUGCUUUGUCCUCCAGGUUAUAGAAUGAAUUUAAACGUCCAGUGUUAUAAUUCAGCAGAUGUACCAGUAUUUUAUAGGUUAUUUACUGCGUCUUGUGAGCAAUGUCCGCGAAAAACAUACUCUUUCCACAGAGGAGAAGUUCAAAAUCACAGGUCCAACCACAUAACUUGCCAUGAAUGCCCUGUAGGUGGGAAAUGUGUCGAAGGCAAAGUGACGUCUAAACCUAAUUUCUGGGGAUACAAGUCAAACGAGAAAGUGGAGUUUCUACAAUGUCCUCCAAAAUACUGCUGCGAUACUGAUCACUGUGAAAACUACAACAGUUGCCAUGGUAACAGAAUGGGUACCCUGUGUGGUGAAUGUCCAAGUGGAAUGUCGGAAUCCUUAUUUGACACGAAAUGUAAGCCAAACAAAGACUGCACAAGUGUUACGUUUUGGCCAGCGAUCUCAGCUUACUUAACUCUUUAUCUCUUAUUUUUCUUAUACCAUGGAGAUAUCGUCAAUUUUCUACGGAAACGUUUUAUUCCAUUGUUGUUACCAUCCGGAAACGGUCGAGAUUCCAAAUCCGGGGGCCUCCUAAAAAUAAUAUUCUAUUAUUAUCAGAUUAUUCACUUGUUAAGAAAUACUGUUCGCUCAGAUGCAAAAGUUAAACUGUUAGAUGAUAUAGAAACUUUUUUGUUCAAAUCAUUUAAUUUUCUUAUCAUUGGUAUUCCUUCCAUUGAUUGUCCAUUCCAAGAUCUUCGUCCUGUGCAAAAGACGGUCAUUGUUCAUUCUGUAGGAUAUAGUUUGUUAACACUCCUUUGUCUAUUGUACCUUUCUACAUUUGUAUUCAAAGUAGUUAAGAAACUGAGGGCUAGAUCCACUCAGGAGAUGGUCGCACUUACCGAAGCAAUGCAUCAUAGUCCUAACCUGGAAGAUAAUCCUUUUCUUGGUCGUACUGCAGGGGCCUUUGCUUGCAUUUCGCUUUUGAUGUACGCUUCUUCGACACAACUCUGUCUUUCCCUUCUCCACUGUGUUCCAGUUCGUGACAACAAAGUUUUAUUUCUUGAUGGUAAUAUUCAAUGUUACCAAACAUUUCAAUAUUUUCUUCUUGCUUAUAUGAUUUCGUCCAUACUUCCAUUUUGUCUUGUUCCUGUUCUCGGUUCGUAUCUUUUAAAGUUUGGUCCAAUUGGUGUUAAGCAAUUUUGUGCGGCUUGUGUCUUCCCUUUGCCAUUUUGUUGUUUUUGGAUGUAUUUGUUGCUUAAGUACUGUCGUUGUGGAAAUCAAGGAUCGUAUAACACAAUAGAAAAUGAUGAUGCAGUAAGAUCUGAACAAGAUAAUGACGAAACACAAAGCCUUGGUAGUGAGAAUACCUUCACCUCCUCCACUGAUAGGAAUGAAACCACUUCUACGAGAUGUGAGUCAGCUGUUUGCACUGAUAGCAAUAAAGCCCCUUCCACGAAAAGUGAAUCAGCCAUUCGCAGUGUGUUGUUGGGUCCAUUUAGACCUCACCAAGCUUUUCUGUGUUUUCCUUCUUCACAUAUUCCUUGGGAAGGUUUUCUCAUCUUUCGUAGAUUGGUCUUGAUUAUAGUGUUGACUUUCGUCUACGACAUUCAACUCAGACUUUUUGCAGCUUUAAUAUUGUGCGUUGCCAUUCUAAUCUGCCACACCAUUGUGUAUCCUUUUCAGAGAAAACGCGACAAUGUUCUGGAAUCUUUUUCUCUAGGCACACACGUGGUCCUGUGUGGUUCAACUCUAAUAAAAGCUCUUCAUUACGGUGAAGAUUAUUCUUCUUUUUCAAAAACUUUGCCUGUGUUGAAUGUGAUUGAAAGUAUUCUUAUUGUCGCUCCAUUGUCUAUCAUUAUGAUCGUUGUUAUCUUUUCUCUUGCUAUAAAGUUGGUAUUUGGUUUAAAGCUCUGUGUAUCAGUGUUGAUUCGAAAGGUUAGGGGGAUUUUAAGGUUUACUUAGUAAUCAUUUUAUAAUGAAAUAUUUUAAACAUUAGUUUACGAAUUGUAGCUAAAAUAGUGAGUUGAACUAUUGAAUGUAGUACCAUAAAUUUAUGUUAGGUCGGACAACAUUAAGAUUAGUAUAACUAUAUACUGAUGUAGUUGAUAUUAUCAUACCAAACUUGUGAAUGUUAAAAUGUAAAUAUAAUGAUUUUUCAAUAUUUUGUGUUGUUAUUUUAUGGAUCUUACCGUCUUUUGUGCUUUAAUCUUCCAACCAGAAGUCCUUGCUAUAUACCAUAAACCUCCGAAUACAAG